AUGUGCGGUAUUUUUGGAUACAUCAACUAUUUAGUUGAAAGAGAUCGCGGUUACAUUCUCGAUACGCUUGUUAAAGGCUUAAAGCGACUCGAAUAUCGUGGUUAUGAUUCCGCAGGCUGUGCUGUCGAUGGGGAUGAGGGUCAAGAUGCAAUGAUGUUCAAAGAGGUUGGUAACGUCAGUCAAUUAGAAAACACCAUCAACCGAUCCAAUGUUAAAAAGGACACCAAAUUCAUCAACCAUUGCGCUAUUAGCCAUACUCGAUGGGCAACCCAUGGUCAACCUUCUCCCGUCAACUGCCAUCCCCAGCGCUCAGAUCUUCAUAGCGAAUUUAUUGUUGUACACAAUGGCAUUCUUACAAACUAUCGAGAACUGAAAACCGUCCUCGAAUCCAGAGGCAUGGUCUUCGAAAGCGAAACGGAUACGGAGUGUGUCGCCAAGCUCGCAAAAUUCAUUUACGACACUACGCCCGGCAUUGAUUUUACUUCUCUCGCUAAACUCGUUUUUCGCGAACUAGAAGGAGCCUACGCACUUCUCAUAAAGAGCAGUCACUAUCCUGGUGAAAUAGUUGCAACUCGACGUGGUUCUCCUCUUAUCGUAGGUGUAAAGAGUUCUCAAAACCUGAAGGUCGAUUUUGUUGAUGUAGAAUUCCCUGAAUCUUCCGAAGGCCUUCCUGGGGCCGCUCCUAACACUUUACAUCCCCGGUUCUCGAAGACUCCGGGCACAAGCGGUAUGCUCCGUGGUGACAAACCAGAUUUGCUACACCGUGCCCAAAGUCGUGCAUUUGUAACGGAAGAAGGGGUACCGGGCCCUAUCGAAUACUUUUUUGCUUCCGAUGCCACUCCCAUCAUAGAAUACACUAAGCGUGUCAUGUUUCUUGAAGACGAUGAUAUUGCUCAUGUAAGUGAUGGUGAGUUGCAUGUUCAUCGACUUCGCCGUGAAGAAGGAAUGAGUAGCACGCGUACGAUCGAGACACUUGAGAUGGAAAUCAUGAGCAUCAUGAAAGGCAAUUACGAUCACUAUAUGAUUAAGGAGAUUUGUGAACAACCCGAUAGUUUACUUAACACUAUGCGUGGUCGAGUAAAUUUUGCUGACAGAGUUGUUACCUUGGGUGGUCUAGAAAGCUACUACGAUAUAAUUCGUCAAAGCCGACGUUUGGUUUUUAUCGCUUGCGGUACUUCUUACCAUUCGUGUAUUGCUGUUCGCCCUAUUUUCGAAGAGCUUACCGGUGUUCCAGUAGUCAUAGAACUGGCUUCUGAUUUUAUGGAUCGGUGUCCAAACAUAUUCCGGGACGAUACUAUUGUUUUCGUCUCCCAAUCCGGUGAAACUGCUGAUUCUCUGUUGGCCCUUAAUUUCUGUUUGGAACGUGGUGCUUUAACGAUCGGAGUUGUCAAUUGUGUUGGUUCUAGCAUUUCAAGAAAGACGCACUGUGGUGUUCACAUAAAUGCUGGACCCGAGAUAUGUGUUGCUUCAACAAAGGCUUAUACCUCUCAAUACAUUGCGUUAGCACUAAUGGCUUUGUAUUUGUCUCGCGAUUCCGUUUCCAAGGCAAAUCGCCGUAAUGAAAUUAUCGAUGGCUUAGCCAAAAUCGGUGAAAAAGUACAGGAAGCUCUUCAUCUUAGUUCCCGACUUAAAGAGUAUGCUUCCCAACAUUUGCUGGAAAAAGGCAACAUGUUAAUUAUUGGCAGAGGCUACCAAUAUGCUACCGCAAUGGAGGGAGCUCUGAAGGUGAAAGAAAUAUCCUAUACGCAUGCUGAAGGUAUUUUGGCAGGUGAACUUAAGCAUGGUGUCUUGGCUUUAGUCGAAGAAGGCCUACCCAUUAUAAUGCUUGUUCCUGAUGAUUUUCAGUAUCCAAAGGCGGUCAACGCGUUUGAGCAAAUUAGAGCUCGAGGUGGAAAGCCAAUCGUGAUUACGACAAAAGAUUCGGAAACGUUUAAGGGCUUGCCCACUUUUAUCGUCCCUAAAACAGUAGACUGUUUACAGGGAAUCCUAAAUGUCAUUCCUUUUCAAUUAUUGAGUUACUGGUUAGCGGUGUUGCGUGGACAUAAUGUUGACCAACCUCGAAACCUUGCCAAGUCUGUGACCGUGGAAUAA